UCAAGACUCAAAAUUAGGGUUUCCCCUAACAAAAUCCCUCGGCAUUCUUUGCUAGAUUUCCCUCCAAUUCUUCAAAUUUUCGAGCUCGUUGCCUUGCAAGCUUGGUUUAUUAGAUACAUAAAAUGCCAAGGACAAGGGAAGAGAUUGAAGAACAGGUGGACCUUGAUGGAGACAAUGACCCUGAAGAGACUAUAGAGGAAGAGGUUGAGUAUGAAGAAAUAGAGGAAGAAGAGGAAGUGGAAGUUGAGGAAGAGGUGGAAGAGGAGGUGGAAGAAGAGGAUGAGGAUGCUGAUUUGCAAAAUCGCUCUGAUGCUAAUGAAGAUAUGAAUGAUUUUGAGACACAAGAAGAAAGGAAAAAGAAACAUGCAGAGCUUCUUGCACUUCCUCCUCAUGGGUCAGAGGUUUACCUUGGUGGCAUUUCUCAUGAUGCUUCUGACGAGGACUUGAGGCGAUUUUGUGAAUCUAUAGGAGAAGUUGUAGAGGUUAGGAUAAUGAAGGAGAAAGAUUCAGGGGAGGCCAAGGGUUAUGCUUUUGUGACCUUCAGAUCCAAAGAGUUGGCUUCCAAAGCUAUUGAAAACCUGAAUGGUUCUGAUUUCAAGGGGAAGAAGAUAAAAUGUUCAACAUCUCAAGCUAAGAAUAAGUUGUUUAUUGGUAAUGUUCCCAGAAACUGGGGGGAGGAAGAUAUGAAGAAGGUUGUAACAGAUGUUGGUCCUGGAGUCAAUUGUAUUGAGUUGUUGAAGGAUCCAAUGAAUCCUGGACGAAACCGUGGAUUUGUUUUUAUAGAGUAUUAUAAUCAUGCAUGUGCUGAAUACUCGAGACAGAAAAUGUUGAAGCCAACAUUUAAGCUUGAUGAUAACGCGCCAACUGUGAGUUGGGCAGACCCAAGAAAUGCAGAAUCUUUUGCUACUACUCAGGUUAAGGCUUUGUAUGUUAAGAAUUUACCAAAAGAUAUAACUCAGGAUCGCCUAAAGAAGCUAUUUGAACAUCAUGGAAAGAUUACGAAAGUUGUAGUUCCACCAGCAAAAGUUGGAAAGGAGAACAGCAGAUAUGGUUUUGUGCAUUUUGCAGAGAGGUCCUGUGCUAUGAAAGCAUUGAAGAACACUGAAAAAUACGAGAUUGAUGGUCAAGUAUUGGAGUGCUCUCUUGCAAAACCACAAGCAGAUCAGCAGUCUGGAGGAUCUGGCUCCCAGAAGUCACCCUUAGAUUCAAGCUUCCCACCUUUUCUAGGAUAUGGUUUAGCUGGGGGAGCAUAUGGUGGUCUUGGAACAGGAUUUGGCCCUGCAGGUUUUGGACAGGUAGAGGGUGGCUUCCUGGUUCUCGGCAAAGAACUCAAAUUUCCCUAUACUUCUUGAUUGCCUUGUGGGAGACUUAACCUUGGCUGAUUUGCACUGUUCUCCAUCAAAGAAUGGUUCGCCUAAGCCACAGUGGUGUCCCCCCCUCUGGGAUUUUUUAAAGUGAAUGUGAAUGGGGCUGUAAGUUUUGACUGGAGGUGCAGUGGUAUUGGCGGUGUGCUCAGGGAUGCUGAAAAUAAGAGGUUGGGGUAUUUCUCGAGAGCGGCUUAAAGCAAUUCAAGCUGGUUUAGGUUUGUUUUUGAAUUCGGUGUGGAGUGAUAAGGGUAGUCUUAUUUUAGAAAGUGAUUCUUCUAUUGCUUUGAAGUGGAUUAACAAUCCGGAGACAUGUCCGGUUGCGUAUGUUCAUUUGGUUAAAGACAUUGCCAAGAGAGUGUUGGAGUUCAAUGUGAUUACUAGGCAUGUUAAGAGAUGUAUUAAUUGGGAAGCAUAUAGUUUAGCUAAGUCGAGCAUAGGCUAGUGUGAGGUGAGGUGGGUGAAUGUUUUGGGUGUUUUAAUGGGGAACUUUUGUUCUGAAUCUGGUCUUUUCUUGGAUGUACUCCUAU